GUACAAAGUCGUAUUUCAAAUAUUGGAUAUUAUACGCGGUCAACUCAAUUUUGCGACGUGACCUUAAAUCAGUUAUGCUCCUGUCGUUUUUGCGUUCACAGUUGGACAUUCCAUUAUAUUGUUUAUGGCUUAUUGUUACACUUCUACUUUGCAACCUAAAUAGUGUUUGCAAGGCAGAAAUAGACAACGAAUUCGCUGAGUUUGAGGAUCCAGAUGAUUUUUAGAGUGUUACAUGCAAAUGGAUCAUAAUGUAUUCAUGUGAUCAUCCUGUAGUCUGUUUUUCGACUCAAUCCACAAUGAAAAGUACCUAAAUAAAACCUUUUGGGGGCGAUUUCGAGGUUUUGGGAAAAUUUUUUGGGCACGUGUGGUUACACAGAUUCUCAAGCGACUCAGGCAUAUGUGGACCAAAAGCUUCAAGAACAAUUUCUUACUACAAAGUUCCUUUAAACUUCUUAUUGGUGUUAGCAAUCUUUUUGAACAUUUCCAUAAAGUCUUGUCUAUUUCAUGAGUGAAUUUGGUAUUCAUUUUUCGUGUUGAGAGUUGGAAGUGGUAGUAGCCUAGUCCUUCAUACACGGUUAAUGACAAUUAAUACCAUUAAUAUACUGAUUUGGUCAUCACCAAUGUGGACAUUUGCAUCAUGUGUCAUGCACAGUGAACUUGAUAAAUGUUGUCCAUUUCUUUCGAAGCUUAUACUAUCGAUAUUUCUGAACCUGUUCCUGUUCAGUCUAUUCGGCAACAGAAAUCUGAAAAUGUUGAUAAAAACAUUUCGGACAGCAAUGCUUAUGAUGAUUCAGGAGUCAGUCAAGAUAACUCAGCAAUGCAUGCAAGUAAAUCACCAGCAGGCGAUAAAAUCGUUUCUACGGAUAGUGAAUUAGAAAUAGAAUUGGAAAACUUGAAACCUGACGAUGAUGAAGAAUUCGAGGGUUUGUCUCCACAUCAACCAAUAUCAUCAAAUGGUGAUAAAGCUAAUAAAGGCGGUAAAAGAAAUUUGAUCAUCGCGAAAGUCCCACAUCACUUGACUCGUUCAUGGGAUAAUUUUCAUUUGGAGAUACUUUUUAUUUUGGCCUUAUUAGUGUACAUGUUGAAUUUUGCAAUUGGACGUUCUAAAAACACACAAUUGGCUAAUACAUGGUUCGCUGCUCAUCAACCUUUACUAGAGGCUAAUUUUGCUGUGGUUGGCGAUGAUGGUCAAGCUGAACCUGGAACUGGUACACUGAUGAAAGAAUCAGAACAUUUAUAUUCACUUUGGUGUACUGGCACUGUACAUUGUGAUGCUAUGCUUAUUGAAUUGCGUUUAGUUAGACGUCAGUGUUUAUUUUUUGCUAUCGCUCAUUGGAUAAGACCAAUUCAUGAUAGUAUUGUAGUCAAAGUAAUUAUGGAUGAUAAUGAAAUGGACGGCUGGGUUAUGUCAGUUGGUCGUAAACGUUGUCUUCAAGCCUUAGUCAAAGAUCAUCAAGACUUAGCUGUCUAUUGUCCAGAUAAGCGGGGUCAACGUUAUCAACAUCUUCCAGAGUCAUUUAUUGUAUUGAAUGAAAUUCCAGAAGUUGUUUUAGCUAUUCUUAAUCCACCUGUUUGUAAAUUUUUGUGUGAACAUGAGGAAUCAAUUGAUUACCUGUUCUUUUCGGAUCAAUACAGUGGACCAAAACCUCCACAGGAGGAUACAAAUGUUGCUGCCAAACCGCCAGUCACUCAGAAAGCGCUUAUUUUCUCCUUUCGAUAUGUUCCGACGACAAAGUCGAAAUCAUCAUCCACACCGACAGCAAAUGAUGAAACAAUCAGUCAAAAGAAUAUUGAAUCGUCUACAGCUCUGUUUCACUUCAUAUUCUAUAUGAUUGAAAAAGUUCGACGAUUUCGUCUUAGUAAAGAGGGUAAAAGUAAAUCUGAAAAGAAUCGACAACGUGCUCAUGAUUCCCGUAUUAAGUCAAUGCAUACUCUACGCCAAGAAGCAGCUCAAAAUCGUCGUGGUGAACGUAUGCGUGCUGUGAAAGAGCGUAUAAUGGCCGAGGAUGAUCCUGAAAAAGCUAGAAAACUUGAGGAAAAAGAACAACGCAAAGAGAAGGCGAAGAAAAUGCCGAAAAUGAAAAUGCUCAAAAUGAAAUAAUCAGUGGAAUUGUAUUCGCCUAUUUCCUGCCGCCCUUGCCUCCCACCCCCCCAGUCACCUCCCCCUUUAACUAGCAACAACAUGAAGAAUGUGUCUGUUAGCCCGUGCGCACCUAUACGUGCGUAUGAUGUUCACACCUAGUCGUUUCUACACUUUUUCUAUUCUGCCCUGAUUAUUCUUUCACCAGCAGUGAUGCGGAGUGUUUCCUUUUCUCUCUUUUGUGUUAUGUUAUUAAGUCAUUUGUGCGUAUGUGCGACUGUGUGUUUGUGUUUGUGUGGUAUUUCUCUAUUUUGUUUUAUCUUAUAAUGCGUAUGUCUUUGAUUAACGUGUACACUUGAUCUCCCCCACUUACUGUGAUGCUCUAUGCUUCCUUCAAGCUUAUCUAAAUUAUUCCCUUCCCCUUAUCCUUGCCUUUUCCCUAUCUUUUGUUUGUGUGUGUAUGUAUGUGUGUAUGUGUGUACAUGCCUAGUCCGUCAUUAGUGUCCAACCAACUUGGUGACUACUGGUUCUCAAAUCCUACUGCACCUACUUAAAAGGUGGUUUUAAGUGGUACAACCAAAGCCGUAGUAUCCACUUCAUCCCUCAUACACACGCACACACACACACAAACAUACUUGAGGUAUGGCUCAUUGGUUCACACUGUAAACUCUUUCACAACAUCUGUUGAAAACUUCACUCUACAUGUGUACAUAUUAUACCCCAUGGACAGGAGGUAGUGUUACUAUUUUAAAGGGAUAGUAAUGUAGUCCUAUUGUCCUUUCAUAUACAUAUAUACAUAUUUACAAGUUUUCCC